GCGGAGGAAAUCACAUCUUUGUCCUAUCAGGAUGCGCACGUGGCGCUGGAUGUGCAGAUGUUGUGCAACAGCUGGAAGUUCCGCGCCGAGAGGCACGCUGUUCCUCCUGAGACAGAGCAGCUAUGAGCUGGGAGGAAGGAAGGCGGCGCAUGUGCUCGCUUUUCACGUCUCUGACACGCGCAAUGAACAAACCAUAACUCUGAUCUCGAUGUUUGCGCUUUUACGAAACGCAGCGUGUUGUUGACAGCUGGAUGUCGUGUGCAGAAAUGGGUUUGUUUUUUUACACAGCUGGAACUGUCAGUCCCACAGAGGCGACUCUCGACCAGCAGUCACUGCAAUGUGUUGGGGAGAAUAACCAGAGCUACAUUUGUGAGUCAGGGCACUGCUGUGAAGACCUGCAGUGCUGCAACUACUACUAUGAGUUAUGGUGGUUCUGGUUGAUGUGUGCUAUUAUCUUCAUCCUGACCUGUUGCUGUGUGUGUCGUCACCGCCGCGUCAAGCACAGACUGCAGCAGCAGCAGCGACAGCAUGAGAUCAACCUGAUUGCCUACAGAGAGGCUCGCAACUACACCUCACCUCCAUUCUACUUCAGGUUUCUACCAAGCAAUCUCCUCCCUGACUAUGAGGAUGUAACAAAUCAUCCUCUCACCCCACCACCUCCUUACUGUAACUUAAACACCGGACCGCCAGCUUGUACCAACAGUGACCAAGAGGAGGCACAAUGUCCAUCCACACAAGCCACUCCUAUGCCCACAGCAUCGGCAGCACUGUGCUCCAGUCCUGACAUAGUGGGGCUUGAGAACUCCAGGGAGAAUCAGCAAAGAGAUGAUGGGAAAGACAGGGAGACCAUACUGAAGCAGGACAUGGAUCACAAGGACCAGGAAAGGGAUGUGGAAGUGCCUGAAGAGGAGACAGAUGGGCUCAUGGGAAGACGGCGCCACUUUACAGGCGACUCUGGCAUUGAAGUGUGUUUGUGCAGCCAAGGAAUUGAGAGCGACAGACCCAAAGAGCUUGAGGAGCUGUUAAGCAAUGAAGGCCACAGCAGCCCAAUGGAGUUUUGCGAUGGCUGUGGAGCUAGAGAUGAUAAAGACAAUGAGCAGGGGACAGAGCUUGACGCAUCACCACGACUACCACUAUCACCACAGCUCCAUCCUUCCUGCCUAUAUUUGCAUACCAUUAAGGAGCCAGAGGGGCCACAGGAGUGUCAGAGCUGAGCGGGAUGAUAUCAAACAUAAAGGAAACAGAGACCCAACAGUACACACCAUUUUUUUGUGGAUGGUGUAUACAGUAUGUGUAAGCCUUUUGACAACCUGUUGGUUGAAUGAUUUUUUUUUUUGUAGAGACAGCUGGGCUGGAUGGGGGAAAGAAUCAUGGUGAAUCCAGAGCCUAUCCUAGAAACACUGGUUUCGAGGUGGGAAUACAUCCCGAAUAAGGAAUAUGUCCUUCACAAGGCGUCCAACACAAAACACACUCAUUCACACCUAGGGGUAAUCUGGAUUAGCCAAUCCACUUACUGGCAUGUUUUGGGAGGUUGAAAGGAAGCAGAGGUAUAAGCAGUGACUUGAGAUAAUGACAAGAUCCAAAGAUCACACAAGAUCAAUAGAAUUGUUCGGUUUAAUGAGCGUUAUUAUGUUUUGGUGAGUGCAAAGUUUGGUGUGUGGCCAUUCAUUGGGGCAAGGAUAAGUUCAAGUAGCUGUUUCUCCACACCACAAGUCUGAUUGGGCUGAAAUUUGGUGAAGCCUGGGAUACUUAAAAACAUGGCCAACAUCAGCCAGUUGGCUUUCAGCAGGCAUUUCACAGGGUUAGCAUUGAGCAAUCAUAAAACUUGAACAAUCAUUUAUGGCCACUUUUGUUUUAUGUAACUUGGCAAGAACUGACCUAUGGGAGUGAUAUUUGCAAAGGAUGCUCGGACCCCGCAGAUCACCCCUUGUAGUUAUAUUUACAUGUUGAUUUUUGUCAAGCUUUGUCAUUGGGGCCAGUUUUAGUAAUUCAAGCCUUGAAGUGCUUGUACAUGAAAGCAACUUUUACUUUAAACCCCCAUAGGUAAAUGAUAAAGUAUCUUAAUAUUGUUCUAGCUAGACUAGCCUCUGCUUUGCACAUUUUUCAAUCUCUCCUGCCAAAACAGAGAACUUGAGAUUGUGAUUGAUUUUUUUGCAUUAUCUUGCAUGAAUUAUAGCAAAGUGACCAAAAAAGUAAAUAAAAGUUAUGAAAGUUGAUUUUGAAAGA